UUGAAAGUGAAGACUGGUUAGUGGUCAGUGGACGAUCGGAGUAGUGAGUGGAGUCGCUCAGCGAGCAGUCGCGAAAGCGUUAUAACCAGUUGCAACAAGUGCAAACAAGACGCGAGUUAUUUGUUUGCCAGAAGGAUUUCGACAAAAGUAUCGAGCACGGAACGAGUUGGCAAUUUUCAAAUACAACGUUAAAUUAUCAUAAAGUGACUGAAAGACACGCGCGAGCGUCAAGAAUCGAACCGUUAUGCAAACAACGAUGUGUCAAACGAUGGACUGCAGGUGCCAAAAAUCUACGCGAACAAGAAACACUUGGGCGUCCCGUUUGCUGUUAUUUGCAAUUUUUAAUCUUUGGGCGGUGCAGCAAGUGCAGUCCAUGCCCUCCAGGGAUGUGACAGAACUCGAUUCCUUCUCCAGGACCCGAAUUCCGGUAGAAUCUCACCGGCGAAAUCCCGAGGUCCGAGAAACAACGUCGAACAACAGAGUGAGAAGUCGAGGAGAAACGAUCCCGGAAAGUCGACGAAACAGCGGCAAUAUCAACUUUCCAGAGGAAGAUGUAAAUCACCGUAACACUUCGACGCGUUUCACGGUUCCUGUCCGGAUGAAAUCCUGCACUGGUCAGACAUACUGCGAGGAAGUUGAGUCUUAUCCCGAGGAUAUCGUGAGGAGCGUAUUAAGGAGAAAUGAAAAUUUGAAGAUAUUCGCCGGCAUCGACGAAAUCCAGAUCGAUCAUAGGCUAAAUCCAUCCGAAGGUACCGAAUCGCUUUGCAAUGCGGAGGUAAGGGUCAUAUUUCCAAAAGAGGGGGAAACCGAUACAGGCGAUCGGCUGCUCAUACUCCAGGAUCCCGCGAGUGGUUUCAAGCAGGGUGUGCAAAUCGAGAGCUGCGGAACAGGGCAGAACGGCGGCGCUUGCAAGAUAAUCGACAAGGCCAUCCUCGGAUACAAGACGGAAUGCACACAGAAGUACGUUUACAGAGUAAUGGCUGCGCUCUCGAAAGACAUGAAGGGGGAAAAGGCACGCGUCAAAAUGCCCUCGAGCUGCUGUUGUCAGAUACAGUUUGUCGGCUCGCGAAUCGGCGGUCGCAUCGGGAUCGACAAGGAUCAAAGUCCAGCGCAAUAUACGAAGACCUCACACUCGCGACGCAAUUGAGUUGACAAUAUUUGUUCGACUGCGUUUUUACCCCUAUUUUUUUUUUUUUUUUUCUUUUAGUCUUCAUCUUACUCCAAUAUGUUUGUCGAAUUUAAGUUAUUCGUUAUGUUAUAAUUUACGUUUGUGAAUUAAUUGAGGGGAGAUAAAGAGGGGGAAAAAAAAAGAAGGAUAAAAGUGAAAGCUUCUGUGAGAAUUAAACUUUAUCGCCACAUAUACAUCGUAGCGUGAUUUUUUAUUAUCUUCGAUUGUCAACUUUCAUUUCAUUUUCUCGUUUCUCUUUCGUCCAUUUGAUUCUAUUUUUUUUAUUAAUUUUUUUUUCGUUCUAUUUCAUUUUUUUGUUGCCGUUCUUCAAGCCAAAAAUAUUGGGCAAGAUUUAAAUCAAUAUUUUUAUUCAAAUUGUAGGGCAUAUAUAUGAUAACCUACGUUGUGUGUAAUAUUAUAAACGCUACGAAAUUAUAUAGAAUUUAGCGAUGACGCUUAUUCUAAACCGAAUCAUAUUAUAGGCGCAGUACCGUGACUCAAUUCCUAUUAAAUUUUUGAUGACGUAACACGUUCGACGCAGUUCUACCGUUGUAUAUAACGUGACCUUAAACCAUGUUACGCGCAAAACCAGGUGCAUUGUGAACGAAAACAUCAAGUUUUACCAUUAUCGUAAUGAUUUUUAUUUUCUCAUAUUAUUCUUAGCAUUCAUCGGUAUGCAUAAUUGUUAAUGAAAUGUCUUCGUGACAUUUAAUUGUAAGAAAACGCAGUUGAAGUGAAAAUAUUAUAAAUACAAUGGAAUAAAAAAUCGAAAAUCAAAAGCCACAAUAUUUUAAACACCAAAGUAGCGUUUACAUUAGGCGUACUGUAUUUUAUUUGCUUUAAAUAAUUCAUCAUAAUCAAGUAGGUACUUUAUAACUUAAUGACCUUUUUCGCAUUUAAAUGCUUCGUUAUUACGUCGAUUAUUUCGUUUAGAUAUGAAAAAAAAAAAAUUGAAGAGCAAAAUAACUUUCAAAUCUUUGAAGAAAAAUUACUCUAUUAUAAUUAUCGUUAUUGUAUCUUGUUCUUAAAUUAGAUACGCAGAGUAAGUAAUCUUCUUUCCAGAUUUGUAGAUACACGAUUCGUUAAAUCGCGUCAUAGACUGUAUCAUUAUUUUGUAAUAUGUACUUAUUACCCUGAUUAUUUCGAAUGAAAUGUACGUUUAAAUAAACGUAUUAUAAUGUUUAUACACAA